UUUUAUCGAAAAAAAAAGCGCCAGAAUUUACAGUUAUGUUAUAAGAAAAAAAUGGUGUUGAAGUUUUGAAAGACGAUCAAACAUGAAAAGUUCGCUGUUUUAUCCUGCAGUUCAAAAGAUCCGUAUUUUCCAGUUUUUUCAUCCGGAGCGUUUUGAAACGAAAUUUGGCGAAAAAUAAGUUAACUUUUCUUCGUCACUUCAAUUCAGCCUAAACAAAUGAACAUCACAGUUUGUAGACUUGACAAUUCUCUACAAAAUGAGCUUUAAAGCUAAACAUUUUGAUCAAAGUUUUGAUUUUCUUAUCGAAUUAUUAGCAUUUUUUUGGUCAAAAUGUUUAUUUUUUCAAAUGAGUUUAGCGUUACAUCAUUCGUAGCGGUUUAUUAAGCUGAUUCCAAAUACUGACUUAUUUUUGUCCAGAAGUCCCAUUUAGACCGUAAAAAGUAGAAAAUAGUGAAAAAAGUUCGAGAAAAAGCGUCUAUGGGCCAUUUUGUUUUCAAAAUUCCUCUGUCUUCCAAAGGUCGUAGAACAAAGUUUCAUAGCUCAUUUUGUAGAGAAUUGCCAAGUCUACAAAGUGCGAGGUUCAUUGUUUAGGCUGAGUUGACGAAGAAGAGUUAAUUUUAUUCGCAACAUUUCGUUUUCAAAACUUGCAAUUUUUCACUUGUCUACCCUACAAAAACCACUUCCAUUUCAAAAACACACGAUGUUGUUCAGCUUUUGAUGGUCGUUCAAUUGAGGCAUUGCUUGAAGAGAACGGACAAAAGAUAGCGCAGUUAUAGGCAAAAUGGGGAGGACAGCACUUUCUUGAAAAUUGGCGAUGGUCCGCAUUUCGUAAAUUCUAUAAUAUAACUCAGCCAAAAUAAGUCCUGGAAGUCUAAAAAUUUUUUCAUAAUCCCAGUUUUGAUUGUAGAAUCCGAGAAUAGAAAAAAGGUCUAUGUCAAUUCUUUUUGCGUGACGGAGUGUCUCGUGGAGAUGGUGAAAUGUCUCUUAAUGAUCGACUUUUGUCUUAAAAAAUAUUUAUUGAUAUAUUUUCUUUAGCAAAGUUUGCUUUAAAAUCUGUGUACAAUAGUCAUCGUAUAACCUUUAAAUCAAACCUUCUGUCCACAUAAAGAUUUUUUCUUGCAGAUAACUAAUUUAUUACUGACCAAUCAUAUCUGAAACUGAAACCAUGUUUUUGAUAUGCAACUGACAGUUUCUUCAAAAAAUCCUGCCACGCCUAUCGCAUGAAAUAUCUGCUCGUUCCCGUCGGAUCCCAUGAGAUAACUUUUUCAAAAACUCGUCCCAUGGGAGGGAAUGGGCUUGUCUUAUCCCAUUAACACGAUCAGAUUUAACACAAAUAGGACAGAAACACUUUCUAGAUUUUCUGACGUCCUAACUUCACCUUAAAGAGAAAAGCAGGACGACAUUGACAAACUCUGUUGUAACAUUUCUUCUUUCACACAUUUUUGUACUUGAAGUUGUUGCCGGUCAUGAAACAACAUCGACAUUAAUGACAUGGACAAUUUAUUGUUUAACACAAAAUCCUGAGAUACUUUUGAAACUUCAGAAUGAAAUCGAUUCAGUUCUCAACGGACGACCACCAACAUCAGAAACAUUGUCAAGUUUAAUCUAUACGGAAGCUGUACUAAAAGAAUCAUUACGUGUCUAUUCACCCGUACCAAAUCUUCUAAGAAAAUGUGUAAAUGAGAAUACAGUUGUUGCCGAUGAUGGUAAACAAAUUUUCAUUCGGAAAGAUACGGAAAUACUCUUAGAUUUUUAUACACUUCAUCAUUCCGAAAAAUAUUGGCCAGAUCCCUUCAAAUUUGAUCCAACACGUUUUCUAUUGAAUGAAAAUAGUACUGGUGUGCAAUCAAAUAUAUUUUUCCCAUUUUCAACUGGUACACGCAGUUGUAUCGGUCAGGGUUUUGCAAUGAUUGAAGCAAAAAUUAUGUUAUCAUUGAUUAUACAACAAUUUGAAUUUACACUGAUACCAGGACAAAAGUUUAUACCAGAAAUUGUUGUGACAAUGAGACCCAAGGAUGGUGUAUGGGUUCGAAUGAAGUCUAGACAGUACUAG